AUGGCUUCAUAUGAAGAAGCAAAAUUCGCGAAGCGUCAUUCUCAUUCAACCGCCUAUCUAUCCAUUUAUCCAUCCAACCAUCUUCCACCCGGCGAGUGGUUGAAUGGAUCUCCUCAUUCUGCUGUAGUAGCACUGCAGGAGGAAAUAGCGAUUCAACGCGCACUACUGGUUUCCACGCACGUUGCUUUCAAACAGCACAUCACUAUUGCUACAAUUAUAUUCCAGCUAUAA